AUGCCUGAUUUAUUUGGCCAGGAUGAAGAUGGAGAUACGUAAGACAUAAGUUUCUUUUAUUUGGGGAUUUUUGUACUUUUCCACUUAUCAUGAUUGCAUACUACAUGUUACCCAAAUUUCAACCUUGAGAAGGCUCGCCAACGCAAUUUUUUUUAAAUUGAGCUAUAUUUCCGCGGUGGUUUCCACCCGGAAUUUGUUAUUAACCUCUGAGCUUAAGUUCUCUAAUGAUGUUUUAUCCCGGGUUACAACACCAACAACUCGCAAACCUACAAUUUCAUCAUUAGCAUCUUUGACUACGGUCGCCUAGGAAAGUAUACCGGCUCUCUGCUGCUAAUAGCGUCCCACCCACGAGAAACGCAGCUAUAAAAAUUGCUUACAUCACAUCACCACAUGAUGUUCUGCUGUGAUUGCAUUUUUAAGGUGUUACUGACUGUUAUAUGCAUACAAACGCAAAAAAAAUCUGUUGUAAAUGUUGUCUGAACCAGCACCAACAUGCAGUAAUGCAUUCUUCUACUGAUUCAGUUUAGACGUCUCAAGACGUCUAUCAGGGGCGCCUAAUGCGAUAAAGCGUAUCGUAACCUACGCGACGCAUGUUUGGGAAGUCUUGCCUUUUUGGUUGAUACAGUAAAAUCUCGAUAUAACGAAGGGCAAAGGCCGGACUGGCAAAAUUUGUUCGCUAUACCGAGGUUUCGUUAUAUCAAGGUUCUUUUUUAUAUACUUUACUAUUACUGGGGUAAAGAAAAUCGUUCGUUAUAUUGGUUAUACCGAGGACUUUGUUCUUUAGAAGUUCGUUAUAUCGAGGUUCCACUGUACAAAACAACAUUCAUUGAAUAAAGAAAAGCGGGGAAACUUUAACAUUCAAAGAAGCUGAUUUCAUAGAACUUUUAAUAUUAGUCUAACUUCAGCUGCCCGAGAGGCGAAAGAGAUGGCUUGGAACCGUUCAUGUGUAAUUCAAUGAUUUGGUUACGUAUGAUCUAACUUGGGAAACAGGUUCAAACCAGGGUUAAUGGUUUAAACCAGAAGUAUAUCAUCGAACUUAGGCUUCACCGAUUUCGAUGAGGGAAAAAUCGAAAAAAAAAAAUUCAAGCGAGGGUUGAAUUCUAUGGUCAAUAGCAAUGUGUGAUGUCUGAAAUAAUAAGUCAUAUAGUUCAAAAAUGAAUGAUUGGUUAAGUUAAGAAAAUAAGACGACUUUCCAUCAUGUAAUUUAUCAAGCAUGAGACGCAGUGUUUCAUCACCAGAUGAAACACCGAGAAGAGAGUUGAAAAUACNCAAGCAUGAGACGCAGUGUUUCAUCACCAGAUGAAACACCGAGAAGAGAGUUGAAAAUACGACGUGCGCGCAGCGGAGUAUGUUUGACAAACUUCGACGUAUUCACAUCUGGUGAUGAAACACGUGUCGAAUGCUUGAUAUUUCUUCUCAAACAAAAUGAUUUUAGCAGGAGAAAUUAAGGAUGCAAAAAUGAGCGGUUUUUUAUCUGAUUUCUAAACGCUCAUAUUUAAACAUUUUAAAUUUCCUCUAUAGUAUAUCAUUCUUGUAUGAGAAACCCACGGUGACGUUUUUGUUGUAUAACAUAGUCCUGAUAUAAUAAUAUUCGUGGUCAUUCUUAUGGAAAGUAGUAGAAAAAACAUUGUGAUGUAAGACACGCUGUCAGUAAUGCUAAGAGGAGAUAAAAUGCGGAAAUCAAAAUCCAAACAGCCAAUCGUAAUAACUUCCUGUCAGUCUUUAUCAUGUCUAUGCUCGGAGCAAGCAAUUCCAGGAACUGACGAUGUAUAAUGACUGGGACAAUGCGCAUGUGGGCAUGUACAUUCUCAGACGGUUCAAAGUGAUCAUGAGUAACCACGGCGACCCGGAAUACCGUAAAAUUCCGAAAAUAAGCCCCGGGGCUUAUAUUUUUCAAAGGCCCUUUUUGAGGGGUUUAUUUUUGGAGAGGCUUAUAUUCGGAGGGGUUUAUCUAUGGAGGGAAAUUUGCGUUUCAAAAUCGAUUGGGCUAACCUUAUAGUUGGAAGUAAAUUUACCGUUGUUUGCUUUGUUUUACUUUGUAUUUGCGGGCAAUUUUCCACGUACAAGCCCCUGGGGAGCUUAUAUUUGGAGGGGCGAUUUAACGGAGGGUUUUCGCGUUACCGGUUUGGGGGGCUUAUAUUUGGAGGGGCUUAUUUUCGGAAUUUUACGGUAUCUGAGUUUCUAAGAUUCAGGUUAUGGAAACUGUCGCAAAAAGAUCUGGGUGUCAGAGUUAUUUUCUUCUUUUCUUCCAGGUUUCUUCACAUAGCUGUUGUCCAGGGAGACCAACCGCUGACCGAAUUUUUCAUACAAAAAAUGAAGUCUAGGGGAGUUGAUAUUUAUAACAAGCUUAGACAGGUACAAAUACAUCCGUGCAUUUUGCCACCUAUUUGCACUUAGUUCACUGAACUUAGCAUCGGAUAUUUAAGGCUACUUUCACACGGCAUCGGAAAAUUCGUGCGUUUAUUUGUUUCGUUCACUCAGAACCGGCUUAUCCGUACGAAACUUUAGCCGCCCAGCCGUUCAAAGUUCCGUGUGAACGGAGCGAAAAUAUCGAACGGUCCCGUGUGAUGGAGGCGACUGGUCAAAUUUUUUAACUGGUCGAAAAUUCACAGGGUCCGCGUGAACGUACUUAAGUCAAAAGGAUAUUGUUGUGUUUGAUUGCAAAACAUUUUAAAAAAUCGUUUCAUUAGAAAAAAGGCAUAAAUUCCUAGUGUAACUACAGUAUAGCCUGCGAGCAAAGUAGACUCGCGAGAGGCACGCUAGAGGAGACGCGAAAGCCCCUCUGCCCCUCGUGGCUUCGCCGCUCGCUCGCGCGUUCUCGCACGGCUUGCUUGCCCAAAUAGGAAAGCUUGCUCGCAGGCUAGUGUAACGAUUACCUUGAUACUUGUUCUUCUAGACACCACUUCAUCUUGCCGUAAUAACGCACCAAUUAUACAUAGUACGAAAACUUAUAGAAUGCGGAGCUGAUGUUAAUCUUAUGGACAGACAUGGUCAGACCGCUUUACAUUUGGCAUGUCAAGAAGAUGACCUGAACUGUGUUUAUGUCAUCCGUGAUGCCAGCCAGAUAAGCCGCGUCAAACUGAGGUUGGACUUGAAAAAUUCUCAAGGUAGGUAGUUCAAGAAGGAGAUUUCUAACACUGCAGAAAGCUCCGAAAAGAAUUCCGAGCUUGAGGUGAGAAUCGAACUCACGACCCUCUGAGGGCAAGUUCGGAUGCUCUAGCCACUGAGUUACGGGGGUUCUAUGGCGAGUAGGGUCGAAAAUUUAAUAUAACUACACUAGUUUGAGUUGUGACGUAACACGUGGAAGGGACGUCUGCUAGUCGAGUAGACCCGCGUGUAUACUGAUCGGCCUCGAGCUUUUUUUGGCGUUUUUAGUUGUCCUUUGCAGAACUGGUCACUCGGCUUGGAUACAAUUUAGCAAAGGCUAGCUGGAUGAAAAGGCAUUCAAGCGUUCAUUAAGAUCACAAAGUUUUGAGUACGAUCGGGCAAAGCCUUGCUUGUUUAAUUCAAACGUCUUUUAAGCCCUAGAGGUAGUCAUUUCGAUUAAUUUUCAAACAGAACAAUGAAACUAGAAAUGCUUCACUCGAUCGCAUUCAAAGCUUUGUGAUCAGAAUGAACGCUUGGGUGCCUCGCCAGCUAGCCAUCGAGCCGUUGCUAAGUGGUAUCCAGGCACGCGACCAAGUUCCGUAAAAGGACCUAUGGUUAAGGGCCAAUGACUUCGACUUGUCACGGUCCACAUUCUCGUCCCCAGAGCUACUCGGCUUAAUUGUUAACGGACCAGUGGUCUUCAGAGGCCUCUCGUUUCAAGAUCACGUGACCAAGAAACGACGGGCUGUGGGAACGAGAAUACACGGUCCAUAAAAGGUGACUAAAAGGCCAAAAAAAGAACUUGGCUAAUAUUAAUAAAGGAUAUUUACCAAUAUUAAUAAAGGAUAUUUACCAAUAUUAAUAAAGGAUAUUGACCUUUUCUUCUUUGCAGGUUUGACAGUCCUCCAUGUCGCCAUUUUAAAGGGCAGCAAAAAGUUGAUAGGAACCAUCCUUGAUAUGGGAGCUGAUAUUAACCAGCAGGUCAGUAUUAUAUCAUAUUUAUUUGCCAAAACAGAGUGGAGGAAAAAAAUUUCUGAGAAUGCAUUCCAAAACAAGCCAGUUUUAACUCAAGGUUUAGGUAGUAAGAGAAAAGGAAUUUAUUAUUCAUCUCAGGGUGAUUUCUUUUGUUUUAUUCCCUUAAGCUUCAGAGCCAGAUAAUAUUGAAGUUAUUCUAUCGCCACUAUAAGCCUCGACUUCGUCCGUUUCAUUACUCACUGGAACAGAAUGCGGAAGGCGGAUUUUUACUUUCUAUAUUUGGAAAAAACUCUCUAAGCAGGCUAAAAGUAAAUAUCAAACACGAGAAGCAGUGUUUCAUCAAAUAUCAAAGCGAAUAAAGAGAGCUGAAAACGCGAGGCGUGGAGUAUAUGAUUUUUUGACGCAGUUUAAGGUGUUUGAUAUUGUAUUAAAACAAAUGUGUCAAGUGUUUGAUGCAACUUUUUCGAAGAAAGUCGUUCUAGAUGAGAAAUUAAAGAUGCAAAACGAGAAUUUUUUCGUCAGAUAUCAAGAAAUGUCACGAUGAGUUUGAGAAAUUUUGAGAAUCAACUUUUUAACAUUGCUCUUUAUAAACUCAGGAUUCCAACAGUGGCCGCACUUCAUUACACCACGCAGUGGAAGCUGGAAAGUAUCCCGUGGUAGAGUACUUGAUAACACGUGGCGCUGACGUAAAUAAAGUUACAUUCGCUGGAAACACGCCACUUCACACGGCAAGCGGGCGCGAAAUGGACGACAUGGCGAAGCUUUUAAUGACGCAUGGCGCUAACGUUAACAUUGCUAACCGUGAAGGGGAUAUCCCUAAAGUGGUGCGAACGAGUGAGCAGGUAGAUAUUUACAGCUUAAUGACUAGUUCUGAGGGAAAAGAAUUUCGAUUUUCUCGAAGUUAACAAGAUUAGCCGGUUUCCCGAAGGGCCCUUAACAAGUGACCAUUAAAAAGUGAUUUCUUACAACUCAACAAAGCUAUCAGUAGUUCUAUUACAAAAGUCAAUUGGCCGCCAUCAACUUUUGCGGUUGAAAGUACACUGCUACUAAUAAGUUACUUUACCUGCUCAGAGAGUUUUGCGGGAAAUAGUUUCAUUGCUAGACUUCAUAUGUUACCUCAAAGAAGCCAAUGGCAGCGCUUGCUUUUGAGUAGCAAAAUAGGAAAUGUUUCGGAAGGGCUGCUGUGUAGAGUAGGCAGCACAAGUAAGAUAUCACCCGAAAGCUAUCCACUAGUACCCGUGUCGUCUUCAGUUGCCACAACAAAGAGCGCCGGGGAACAGAUUUUCAUUACCAUGACAACAGUCGCGCGGUGUUCGAAUACGGAAGAGGGUCAGGUCCCAGUUUUUCAAAUAACACUACCCACCUGGCCACGGUUGCUCAAACGUAGGAUAGCGCUAUCCACCGGAUAAAUCUCUAUCCAGUGGAUAGCGCGAAGAGUUUUAUGUCGAUGGGUGUUAAGCUAGUGUUACGACAACCAAGGGCGCUCUCCGCUGGAUAGUAGGGACUUUACGAUAGGACGACGCGAAGGCAGCGAAAACGUCGCGUCAAAAAUGAAUUUGCGUUCUUUCGGUCUUUAUCGCUAUUAUUCCAACUCACUUACUUUGUCAAAUGUAGGCGAACCCUCCCGGAGUUGAAUUUCUAAGAGCUAUAUUCAAGUUUGGAAAGAGAAUAACAUUUCGUCGUGGCCUGUUUACGUUCCCCAGAAAAAGUGAAAUUAGGCAAUUUCACGUCGUAGUCGUGCAAAAACGGCUAUGAAAUGUACAAAAAAGUGAGAUGUACGUGCAAAUUUGUUGUUUUGCCUACUAGAUCUAUUGUUGUUUUGGACGUUCUCGUUGCCGUCGCGUCGUCGGAUCGUAAAAAUAACGAAACAAAAAACCGAUAGGUUUAGAUUGGCAAAAUAACAACUUUGCACGUGCAUCACGCUUUUUUUGUACAUUUCUUUGCCGUCGUUGCACGACUACAACGUGAAAGUGUCUAAUUUCACGUUUUGUCGCGGACGGGAACACAAAACAACAAUUUUCCUUUUCUUUUCCUGAACUUUGAUACAAUCCUUUAGAAUACAACUCCAAAGAAAUUUGCCAACAUUUGACGAAUUAAACGAGAUGGAGUAGAGCGCGAUUAAGUUUGAGACAGCGCGAAUUCCGCACUUUUAAAGUGACGUCUUCGUAGCAGUCGCCGUUGUCGUUGCAUAAGCCCCUCAUUGGCGGAAUUAUCAGGGGACAGAACCAUCUGACUUUUGAACAAUGGGGUCUGAAAUUAAGGAAGUAUGUACAAGUAAGUAUGAGAAAGUCAAAUGUUGGAGCUGGUAGCAGCAGCGGGGUAGCCCGGCAUUCCUGAUAUCGCGGGUUAAAAAAUGUGUCAAUGUCGUUAAAUGAUAUCGAAGGGCUUGAAAGGUACAAGUUACCCAUAGAUGAAUAAAUAAUAAAUAAAUAAAUAAAUAAUAAUGAUUUGGAGGUAGCACAUCGGUUCUUCGUCUACCUAAUUCCUGGUCGAAUUGGAAUUUGGAAAUGCUGGUUUUUGAGAAGAGGGGAAAACCGGAGUACCCGGAGAAAAACCUCUCGGAGCAAAGGAGAGAACCAACAACAAACUCAACCCACAUAUGGCAUUGACGCCGGGAUUUGAACCCGGGCCACAUUGGUGGUAGGCGAGCGCUCUCACCACUGCGCCACCCUUGCUCCCCAUAGUACGUUUUCCUCACUCCGUCCUUUUCUUUUCAGGCAAAAAGGCAGUUCCGUUCAAAUCAAAAAGAAAGUAAACGAAGAAAAAGAUGAUUUCGCAGAGGGGCUUGCGGUAAUUUCCAAACGCCGUCACACUUAAAACAAAGGCAUUGAACUCAUUUACAUGGCGCCAGGAGCUUGCAUGAGCUUGCAUGAGCUUUCUUAAAUAAUGAGCAACUGAAAAAGCAACAAACAUUGUAACAACCACACUGAAAACCACAAAAACGAAGACGCAGCGAAGAAGUAUUAAUCCAGGAUUAUAAAGAAAAAGGCCAUCAAUGCUAAUGGCUGCGAUGGAACUAAAGAACACACAAGGAAAUAACAGGAAGAGUGAAAAAUACAAGACUCGAUGUUUAGGGUUAGGAUUGUAGUUAAUUUUUACCUCAGGUAAUUUUUGUUUUUCUUUUGUUUUUGGGUAUGAUAAUGUAUGCUGAUCAAGUUGAAGCAAAAGAAAAACAGAAAUUACCUGAGAUAAAAAAUUAACUACAACAUUCACGUUCAAGAGAAGUUCAUGUUAUGCGGUCGGGGUCACCAGCAAACAGUUGAAAUUACACAGUAGUAACAGAAAGGCAGAACGCUAUUGAGGACAAUAAAGUUGAUUUAUUUUU